CAUCAACUUAGUAGCUUAACUCGUUCUGAAAAAUGAGAAGACUUCAAUUUCUUCCAUUUUUGUUAGUUUCAUUCUUGUUCUUGAUAGAAACUAAUGCUCAACAAGAGUUUCUUGAUUGCAUUUAUAGCCACUCUUCAGACAUAAACAUCAAGAAACAUAUACACUUUCCAAAAUCACCAACAUAUUCAUCUCUCAUUGAAUAUGGCCAGAAAAAUCCAAGGUGGCUAAAUUCUUCAUCUGCACAACCAAUUUUCAUCAUAGCCCCUAAAAACGAAUCCGAAAUCCAACCUAUUAUUCUUUGUAGCCAGAAAUUUGGCUUACAAAUUAGAGUGAAAAGUGGUGGCCAUGACUAUGAAGGUCUCUCUUUUCGCUCUGUAACGGAAACUCAAUUCGUCAUCAUUGAUUUAUUCAAACUUGAUGAAAUCAACAUAGACGAAAACAAUCAAACGGCCUGGAUUCAAACAGGGGUGACAAUGGGGCAACUUUAUUAUGAAAUUGCCAAGAAAAGCGAAAAUCUUGCAUUUCCAGGAGGAUUGUAUCCUACUAUUGGCAGUGGUGGGCUAAUUAGUGGGGGCGGAAUCGGAACUUUGAUGAGGAAAUUUGGGCUAUCAGCAGAUAAUGUCCUCGAUGCUCGUGUAAUGGACGUAAAUGGAAAAAUUCUGGACAGAGAGUCGAUGGGAGAAGACAUGUUUUGGGCUAUACGAGGAGGAGGUGGAUCAAGUUUUUGUGUCAUUCUAUCUUGGAAAAUUAAAUUGGUACGCAUCCCAUCAAAACUUACUACUUUCACAGUGCGUCGAAAGUUACAAGGGGAAACUAUAAAUUUACUCCAGAGAUGGCAAAAUGUGUCACAUAGAUUGCCUCAAGAUUUGUUCAUGAGAGUCUUGAUUCAAAAUAUGGGAAUUGGAAAUGACAAAAUAGUCCAAGUUUCAUUUCAAGGGUUGUUUCUUGGGAGAGUGGGUGAGUUAAUCCCAUUGUUGAAUCAAACUUUCCCCGAAUUCGACUUAGUCCAAAAAGAUUGUUUUCAAGAUCUAGUGGUGAACUGCACUGAAUUACCUUGCAUAAAGAAAGAAUGCUUUGAAGUACCCUGGAUAAACGCAACGUUGUAUUUUGCAUCUAAGAGAACAAACGAUUCGAUUGAAUUUUUAGUGAACAGGACCGUGCCAGAAACAAAGAAUUACCAAAAGGCGACGUCUGAUUUUGUGAAGAGUCCAUUGCCAAAAGAGGUGUGGAGAAUGAUAAGAACAAUGUUUCGCGAUGAAGAAAGGCCUAUGAUAAUUUUGGAUCCAUUGGGUGGAAGAAUGGAUGAAAUUUCAGAAUUUGAAAUUCCAUUUCCUCAUAGAAAGGGAAAUUUGUUCAAUAUUCAGUAUAUGGUGAAUUGGGGUGAUAAUAGUGAAAGUAUAUCAAGCAAGAAGAUUAAUUGGUUAAGGGAGCUUUAUGAGAAAAUGGGACAAUUUUUGUCAAAUUCUUCUAGAAGUGCUUAUCUCAAUUAUAGGGAUCUUGAUUUUGGCACUAAUGAUGGAGAAUAUAGCUAUUCAAAUUCUAGAGUUUGGGGUGAAAAAUAUUUUGAUGGCAACUUUGAGAGGUUAGCAAAGGUGAAAAGCAAAGUGGAUCCUGGCAAUUUUUUCAGGUUUGAACAGAGUAUUCCACCUCUUAGUGUGUCAACAUGAGAGAAAGGUAAAUGAAAUACGAAUUUCACGUGACGGGGAGAUCGAUUUUAUAGGCCAUUCCGGAUGUUCUUUUUUAGUUACAUGACCUUGUUAGCACAAGAUCAAUAGAAUAAAGCACAUAAGUUUUCUUUAGGGUCACGAGUUGUAACUA